UUGUGUACGAAAUGUGUUAAAAGGAGAAGCAGAGGAAUAUUCAGUUUAAACAGCAACAGUUAUUAAAUUUUGUAUAAAUGGCAUUGUAGAGCCCUUAAUGUUAAUUAUUUGUUAGGAAUUUACAUUACGGAAUGGAUACAACGGAUAUCUGUCGAGUGUGCAUGGAAGACGAUGGGGACACAUUUUCUUCACUUUUCAUUUCUACUACAGGAUGCACGGUCACCCCAUCUGUGAUGAUGAUCGACUGCGCUGGGAUUGCGGUCGACAAAAGUGACGGAUUGCCGGAAAUGGUUUGUAGUGAGUGCUUGAGUUCCCUAAAGGUAGCGUACAAGAUUCGUGAAAAGUGUCGCAAAACGGACCGAAAGCUCAGGAAGAUUUUGAAUUUGGUUCACAAAAACCAGAUAACUUUAAACCCUGCUAGCAAUUCUGACGAAAAAGCGGGGUGUGAAGUUAUACCGGGUAACAUCAAUAUUUCAGAACAAUCGCCUUUGAAUGAAGAAUCUGAUCUCCUCGAAGAACCCGCACUUGAUAUCAAGUCUGAACUGCAAAUCACAUCUCCGUCUAUGCGGGAGGAGCUAUAUGACUUGCCAAAUCUUGAUCAGGCGGAUAGUGAAGCAAACUAUCCCACUGCGGAAAGUCCUGACCCAAGCAGCAAUCAGGAAACUGUUGGUUCUACUCACACAAAUCCUGAACUUACUGAAUCUCCGUUGAUUCUAGUGAAACAAGAGGAAGUUCAACAAACGGUACCUAUCAACAAACAGAAAUAUCUGGUUGAGGAAACAUCAGAACCUGCUGCAUAUAGUAAACAUUCUAAAGCAUCAACUAAGGAGUAUGAGGAUAAGCAUGCAGAGGAAGACACAUAUUUUCCAUCAAAUUGUAAUGAAGGCAGCAAUAACGACGAAGAACAAUCUGUAAACAUGGAAGUGGAAGUAUUGGAAGAUGACGAAUAUGAGGACUAUGAAGCCAUAGAUGAAGACUUUGAAACGGGGGACUUUGACGCAGCAUCGUCGUUGAUCGAAAGUUCAGUUUGCUGCGGCUGCUCUAUGGAGUUCCGUACACGAGCAGAGCUUGAUGAUCAUUCUAAAUCAAUUCACUUGCCAGAGAAGGAUAAAGAUACCGCUCUUCAGGAUUGGUACAUGUGCAAUAUCUGCUUCAAGAAACACAGUUCAUUAAAAGCCCUAAACUAUCACAAAACCAAUCGUGUGAACAGAAGAAUGCGGACAUGCAACUGCUGUAAACUAGUUUUAAACAGUGUUCGCAAAAAAAGACACCACGAACAAUUGCAUAAACUUCUUCCGGAAGACUUUGAAAUAAAUUGCUGCGGAUGUGAUCAAGUAGUUCCGUUCAAGCAACUAGGCUCUCAUGCAGAACAGAUUCACAAGAAUACAAACCAGCCAAAUGUAUCGAGAUUUAUCUGUGAAGUGUGUUUCCUAGAUUGUGGUUUCAAACAGCGUUUAGACAAUCAUCAAUCGAAACAGGAUAUACCGCAAGUCGUCGUGAGAAAGCAAACUCAACCUGAGGAUAAAUUCACUGCUCCCGUGGCGGACAUCGAUGGCAAACAGCGCUUCAUAUGCGACAUCUGUGAAAAGAAUUUCUCUACUAAAGGAAACCUGAAAUCUCAUCGUUCUCUGCAUGGUGCAUCAGAUAAGCCAUUCAAAUGUGCCGUAUGCGAGAAAGAUUUUUCGAAGAAAAGUAACUACAACGUUCAUAUGCUCCGGGCGCAUUCAGUUGAAAGCUCAUUCCCAUGCUCGGAAUGUAAUAAAAGUUUCAAAUGUGCAACGAACCUGAAAACCCACAUGCGAGUUCACACCAAGGAAAAACCCUACCGAUGUGAGUUUUGUCAGAAAGCUUUCGGUUAUCUCUCGGAUAAACGUCGGCAUGAAAUUGGCCAUUCCGGAAACUACCCGUACAAAUGUAGCCUUUGUGGAAAACCCUAUACGAGGAAAACAUUGCUGAACAGGCAUUUCAAGAGCUGUAGAAAACGGGUGGGCAAAACAACCGUGACUGAAAUCAAAGCAGAAGUUCUCGAUCAGCCAGGAGAAGAUGUAACCGAUUUCAAAACCAAACCCAUGUUGACGUGUGAUCUUUGCGAUGAUUGGUUUUCAACGAUGGAAGAACUUGCGGAUCAUCACGCGGAUAUACACAUUCAAACACUAGAUGAGGGUACUUACGAUGCCGAGGUGGAAAUUGAGUAAGUAUGUUUAAAUAUAUAAUGAUGGGCACGGCUAUAGUAGCAU